UAAAUAUAAAUUCUUUUUCAGAAUAGUAAUUAUCAAGAUGGGAAAGGAAAAGACUCAUAUCAACAUUGUUGUGAUCGGUCAUGUCGACUCUGGGAAGUCUACCACCACUGGACAUAUGAUCUACCAAUGUGGAGGAAUUGAUAAAAGAACUAUCGAGAAAUUCGAGAAGGAAGCUCAGGAGAUGGGGAAGGGUUCCUUCAAGUACGCCUGGGUCCUUGACAAACUGAAGGCGGAACGUGAACGCGGAAUCACUAUUGAUAUCGCGCUCUGGAAGUUUGAGACCCCCAAGUUUUACGUGACUAUCAUUGAUGCUCCUGGGCACAGAGAUUUCAUCAAGAAUAUGAUUACAGGAACCUCGCAGGCAGAUUGUGGGGUUCUUAUCAUUGCUUCUGGAACUGGAGAGUUUGAGGCCGGUAUUUCCAAGAACGGACAGACCAGGGAGCAUGCACUUCUUGCUUACACUCUUGGAGUUAAACAGCUGAUUGUUGGAGUCAACAAGAUGGACUCUACAGAGCCUCCAUACAGCCAGGCCAGGUUCGAGGAGAUCCAGAAGGAGGUCUCCGGGUUUAUCAAGAAGGUUGGAUAUAAUCCUGCUGCGGUUCCCUUUGUUCCUAUCUCUGGGUGGCACGGAGACAACAUGUUGGCAACCAGUCCCAACAUGUCCUGGUACAAGGGAUGGGCUAUUGAGAGGAAGGAGGGUAAGGCAAGUGGAACAACUCUUCUUGAGGCAUUCGAUUCCAUUAUUCCUCCCACCAGACCUACGGACAAACCCCUUAGGCUUCCCCUUCAAGAUGUUUACAAAAUUGGAGGCAUUGGAACAGUUCCAGUCGGUAGGGUUGAGACUGGAAUUAUAAAACCUGGCAUGGUUGUCACCUUUGCUCCGGGACAGCUCUCUACUGAGGUCAAGUCCGUCGAGAUGCACCACGAGUCUCUGCCCGAGGCUACACCUGGAGACAAUGUUGGAUUUAACGUUAAGAACGUCUCUGUGAAGGAUAUUAAGAGAGGAAACGUUGCAUCCGACUCCAAGAACCGUCCUGCUACUGGAGUUCAGGAUUUCACUGCUCAGGUUAUUGUUUUGAACCAUCCCGGCCAGAUCUCGAAUGGAUAUUCUCCGGUCUUGGAUUGUCACACAGCUCAUAUUGCUUGCAAGUUUGCUGAGAUUAAGGAGAAGGUGGAUAGACGUACAGGUAAAUCUACUGAGGACAACCCUAAGUUUAUCAAGUCUGGAGACGCUGCUAUUGUUAGACUUGUACCCAGUAAACCAAUGUGUGUUGAGGCCUUCUCCGACUUUCCUCCUCUAGGACGGUUUGCGGUCAGGGACAUGAGACAGACUGUUGCUGUCGGUGUUAUCAAGGCCACCACACCAAAGGAUGUUGCUGGUUCUGCCACCAAAUCCGCCGCAAAGGCACAGAAGAAGAAGUGAAGUACAUGGUUGGGGCAACAUCUUCAAAGCAGCGGAGUUUUCCAUCCUCGCCACAUUAAACCUUCUAAUGAUUAUUACAUCCAUGUUAUUUUUUCUUGCUUUAAAAAAUAUGUCUACUUUCAUCGGAAGGAGUUUCAGCGGAUAGCCCUGACAUGUUGCCCACAUAUUUUUUUAAUAUAAACCUGUUUUUCUUAUAUUACGACAUAUGCAAGGAUUCUUAAAUAAAUAAUAUCUAUCUGAAACUA